AGGUAACCAUAUUUUUUUUUUACGGUAGCUAAAGGUCUUUUGAAUGUUUCUUCGAUUUUAUGAGUUAUUCUAUGUUGUUUCAUUCUGGGUACGAACUUAAAGACAACCAAGUAGAGAGGUUUUUUUUCUUUUUUUCCGUUUAUGAGAUUUGGUUAGACAUCCCAAGGAUGAAAAUUUUUAGGCAAUUGAUAUCUUGCUGAUAAUUGUCAAUAAUGUAUCAGCUCUACAUAUAUUCAAUUUAGUAUCUAUAGCAUCAAUGUCCUUUAAUAUUAGGAAACUAUUUUUGGAAUGAUUAGCUAUUUCCAUUCAAUCUUGUAAUUAUAUAUAGCAUAUGAUGACUCAAUGAAAUAAAUGACAUUUUCCAUCUCAGAACAAUUGUGUUAUGGUAUCAGAGCAGGUUAUACAUAUAGAAUAAAACAUUUAAAUCAUGUCUGACAGUGAAGGUGAAAGUUCUCCUGUGAAGGAAUCUUCCAAGUCAGUCAACAAUGGCGAUGGAGCAGUCAUCCGAAAAACCAUCUCUCCCUAUAAUAUCACUUCCAAUGAUAAUCCUGGGAGUUUGAUAACACCAGUUCAAUUAAAGGGAGAAAACUAUGACGAAUGGGCUCGUUCACUUAGAACGACACUUUGAGCAAGAAAGAAUUUUGGUUUUGUUGAUGGAUCAAUCAGCAAACCUGAUGAGGAAUCUUCAAAUCUUGAAGAUUGGUGGACUAACAACUCCUUGUUGGUCUCUUGGAUCAUGAACACAAUUGAACCUUCAUUGCGAUCAACUAUGUCGCAUAUGGAGGUAGCCAUGGAUCUUUGGGAAGACAUUAAGGAGCGGUUUUCCAUUGUUAAUGGACCACGUAUUCAACAGCUCAAAGCAGAGCUCGUUGAAUGCAAACAAAAAGGACUGACCAUUGUGACAUAUUAUGGGAAACUGAAGAAGUUGUGGGAAGAAUUGGCGAAUUACGAUCAGAUCCAGGCAUGCAAGUGUGGGCGUUGCAAGUGCAAUCUCAGCUCUGUGUUGCAAAAGAAACGCAAAGAAGAGAAAAUCCAUCAAUUCCUCAUGGGAUUAGAUGACGCUCUUUAUGGAACAGUACGGUCAAAUCUUCUCGCUCAGGAUCCUCUGCCUACAUUUAACAAAGUUUAUGCGACAUUAAUUCAGGAGGAACGGUUGCGCACUGUGACUCGUACGGCCGAAGAUCGUGGUGAGGUCAUGGUGUUUGCAGUGCAGUCCAACUUCAAACGUAAAGAAAAAGGAGGAAUGUGCAGUCAUUGUAAUCGAACGGGCCAUGAUUCAGAUGGUUGUUUUCAGGUAAUAGGAUAUCCUGAUUGGUGGGGAGAUCGACAACGCGGACAGUUGAAAGGAACCGGGCGUGGGAAACCAGAACAAUAUAACGUUGUUUCUAGUAACAAAAAACAUGGAGGAACUGUUAAGGCUCAUGUAGCACAAGCAAAACCAUCUAAAGAAGAGGUUGCUUCUGAAACGUCAAGUUCCGAUAUUUGUAAUCCAAGAAAUAUUACUAGUGAUCAAUGGCAAGCAUUGGUCAGCCUUUUGAACAAUGUAAAGCUAGGUGCAACCGAGAAGCUAAGUGGUAAGUGUUCCUUUUUGCCAUGGAUUAUUGAUACAGGUGCAUCAAAUCAUAUGACCGGUCAACUGGAAUGCUUAACCAAUAUGCACAAUAUUUUUGAGUGCUCUGUUGGACUACCAAACGGUGAAGAGACAAUGGCGACAAAGGAAGGAAUUGUGAUGCUCAAUGACCCCACUUUGAGGACGCCGAUUGGAGCGGGUGAACAAAGAGAGGGGCUAUAUUAUCUUAAAGAUAUGGUCAAAGCAGCUACAGUGAAAACAAAUAAGGAAAUUCCUUUGGACUUGUUACAUCGCAGACUAGGACACACAUCUUUGAAGGCUCUACAAAUGUUUCUGAAUGUUAGUUCUAAUAGAAACAAUUAUCUAUGUACCCAAUCAUGUGAAAUAUGUCUUAGAGCAAAACAGUCUCGAGAUACUUUUCCAAUUAGUGAAAAUAAAGCAACUUCUGCAUUUCAUUUAAUCCAUUGUGAUUUAUGGGGGCUGUAG